AUGCCUGCUUUUCUUCGCGCACUUGGAUAUCCAGCUCCACUGAAACCAUCAACAAUGCAAACAAUCGGAGCACCUCAUACGAUGCCACAACUCCUUGGAGCGCUUGUCUGGCUGAUCGAUUUAAUCUCCAUGUCUGGCGAACUGUCGCCACAAGAAUUACUUCUGGCAAAUGAAGAAGGAGAUGGCCAGCGAAGAUCAUUGACUUAUGGCUACUUGAUCAAAUGCUACAAGAAGUAUUUGAGCAGACCAAGUUUGGGCUUCGAGAAGUCAAAUUACUCUGAAGAGAAUGAUACUCUUCUGCAACUCAUUAGUAAGUAUUAUUGUUUGAGCACUAAUACAGUUUGA